AAACUUUUCCCUUGCCAUUCGAUUUGGUCCCUCGCUUGGCUUGGCACCAAAUCUCAUGGUACUCGGGAAAAGUUUACCAACGUAUACUUAAAAUAAUAUUUUCUACUGCACAUUAUGUAACUGAAGUCAUUUUUAUGUGUCGAUAGAAUAACAAGAGUUGAUGUUACGUCACCAGCCGGGAUGACGUAUACUUCUCCCAUGUCAUACCCAGGACGACCAGGGGUUUUCUUUAUUAACACAACAUGGACACCAACAGCACUACAGAUCGGUUCACAUAUUCUAUGUGCCUUAGCAGAAGAUAAUAAUGGAAAAGCGAGUGAUUCUCGUGUGUUGAAAUAAAAGUUAAAGGUGAUAUGAAUCCCUGUUCAUACUAACCUUGUCUAAAUAAUGGGACGUGCAUCCCACAAGGAAUGACUCAAAACUUCACGUGUAGCUGUAUUGCUGGGUACACAGGCGGGAUAUGUCAAACAGACAUCGACGAAUGUGAAAUAGAUCCAUGUACAUUCCUCUUUGAUUGCAUUGAUGGGCUAAAUGAUUGGGUUUGUAAACUCAAUGAAUUUAAAUUGACCGCAAUAGUAACAACACUAGCCCUUAUCGCUGGAAUCACUAUAUUCAUCAUCUACAAAAACAAGAAGAAAUACAAAGAAGUUGACCAUUCCUGGCUAUCUAACUAUUUAGAUGUUCGAAAACCUGACUCUCAGCUAAAGCUUGUCUACCAGCCAAAGUCGGUCCAAAAUCUGAAACAACCUAGUUCAGUUUGUAAAUUGUUUAGUUUAAGAUUCAAAAACUUUUUAAAAUGAGACAUAAUGAUUAGGACAA